UUCUGCACGCUGUUACGGCUGUAAACAUUCCUUAUAACGUUGCUAUACGAAGACCUUUUGUAUAUCUAGCAUAACUCCGAACUAGAAGAGUUAUUUCAUCGGGAUAGCGGUUAGUUAUUGUGGCGUGUGAGCAUAUUUUACGCGCUAAAGGCGAGCUAACGGGCAGGCAGAGAGGUGUGCGGAUAUGUGAGCAAGCUAGCUUUAGCUUAGCAAAGGGUGAGCUGGCUAGUUGUCUUGUUUACAGGUCGUGCAGUAAUCUAGUCAAAACAUCAUAACAUGGCUGGAUUAAAGGAAGCGACUCAGACGGAGGUAACGGAGGGGACAGACGGAGAGUCCAUGGAAGCUGUUUCAGAGCCAGGAGCCUCAGUGGAUGUUGGAGACCCAGAGCUUGUUCGGGGAGCUUCUCCUAGACUCUCUGAAUAUGGAGAGGAGGUUAACUCUGUUGCUGAAAAAGAAAUUGAACAUAAAGAAACUGAGGCCGCGGUGGUCCCUGUAUCUGUAGCUCCUCUAAAUCCAUCCCCUUCACAGUCGUCUUUCUCUACAGAAGAGACAGUCAGCACUGUUUUGGUUCAAGGUGCUGAGACAGGUAGCAACUCAGAGUCUGAAAAAGAGGGUACUGAGGUAAAAACUGAGGAAGAGUUUGAGUUAAAUGAAGAAAAUAUGGCACUGAAGGACAACAUCUUAGAGGAAAGUCCUGCAGGACCUGAUGUCAGUGAGGACACAAACCAGACCUCUGAUGGCAAGAAGGAGAAAACAAACACUGACGAAAAGAUGGACCCGAACAUCGGCACGCAGCAGGAAAAGGAGUCUCUUGGUUGUAAAUUGAGUGUUUCUACAGCGGACGACCUCGAUGAGAUGAUGGACAUUGGGACAGUGGAUCAGGUGGAACAGGAAGCUCAGAUGAAAGAGGAAGAACAGAAUAGUUUGAUGGAUGUGGAUAGCAGUCGCUCACCUGACAUUUCAAAUACAGCGACAGAGGACAGUAACUCUGUUAAGGAGGAAACUGAUGUGAAACCCACUGUGUUACCACCACCUGCAGAGGAGGACCAAGUGGAGGACGUGAAAGUGGCUAUAGACUCGAUGCAGUCCAGCUCGUCUCCAUCGUCUACAGUCACGGCCAGUACAGGAAGGGACAGCUCAUCACCAGCGACCAUAAUGAACGGGAUGAAAGUAGUUAAGCUAUCAGCCAAUGAGAGGUUACAUGCCACUCAGCCAAUCAAGUCAUCUCCUUCACCACCUUUGGUCAAGGUGAAGGAUGAGCCCGUAGAUGAAGAGUACGAACAAGCUCUAAUAUCCUCGACAUCUACAGCAAGCGUGAAAGAUGAGCCCAACACUGCAAAGGAGGACUUGAGGAUCGGAUCGGUCUUCUCUGUGACGCCAGCUGCCGAAACACAGACCCUGCCUGUCGUCAACCCAUCAUCGUCGCACAUGUCGUGUUCCCACUGCAAGAAGAGCUUGAUGAAAGGACAGACUGCUUUCCAGAGGAAGGGCUCCUCGGCACUCUUCUGCUCCACCACCUGCCUCACCACAUCUCUCCCCACGGUCAAAGGAGUCACUAAGAUCUGCCACAACUGCCAAAAGUUGAUAUUUCGGCCUCAGGACGUCAUUCUGGCUCCAGAUGCUAAAGGAGCCAUGAAGGAAUUCUGCAGCCAGAACUGCCUGACCUCCUUCAACUACAAGAAAAACGCCGCCGCCAAAAAAACACCACAACCAAUAGCCCCACAGUCACUCUGCAGCAUGUGCACCAGAUACUGCAUUAGCAAACAUGAGGUGGUCCUGAGUGGUGCUGUCCACAAGAUCUGCAGUGACGCCUGCUUUAACCGUUUCCGUACAGUAAACAACUUGUCCAUGGCCGGCUGCGCGAACUGCGGCUCCUACUGCCACAGCAAACCGCUCAUGCUGAAGAUGAAAGACGGCAACAAAACUCUGUGCAAUGCAGAGUGUUUGGCCAAGUACAAAGAGAAAACCAAGACAACCCAGCCUUGUACGAUGUGUCGUACUACCCGGUUGCUGGCAGAUACGAUUGACAACAAAAACAGUGAUGACUCUGUGAACCUCUUCUGUAGCAGCAGUUGUGUGAUGGCAUUCAAGGUCCAGACUGUCAGUGCAUCAGGUUCACGGUUGAAUUGUGAUAGUUGUGGGAAAAACACAGUACCGGCCUACCACCUGGCCAUGUCAGAUACCUCCAUCAGGAACUUCUGCACUCUACCUUGCGUCAUGGCUUUUCAGGAAAAGUUCAAGAAGUCCCAGAAACAGGUGAAUGUUUUUACGAAAUUGCCCAUCGGAUCCACCCAAAUCCAGGCCUUCACUACUACGCAACCUCAGCAGGACGUCCCCAAAGGACCACAGAAACUGAACUGCUCCCAGUGUACCCGCAGCAUAGCUUUUAAACCUGAACUCAUCCAGAUCAAGGACAAGAUUGUCUUUGUGUGUAGCGCGGACUGUUCUCACGAGUUCAAGAAAGCCAACUAUGUGACAAGCCUGUGUGAAUACUGUAAGAUUGAAAAGAUCACCAGAGACGCCAAGAGAAUUGACAACAAAGACUGCUUCUUUUGCAGUGACGGCUGUAAGCUCCUCUUUCGACACGACCUGACUAAAAACUGGGGGAAACACUGUCACUCCUGUGUCUACUGCCACUGUGUGUCCAAGAAGCUGGUGACAGCACAGUAUGGAGGCUCGACUGAGGAGUUCUGCUCUGAGGAGUGCAGGUCCAAAUACACCAUGCUCUUCUGCCAUGUUGCAAAGUGUGACACCUGCGGCCGCAAAGGGAAACUGAAGCAGAGUCUUCCCAUGCUGGGAGAGGUCAAACACUUCUGUGACCUGAUUUGUCUGCUACAAUUCUGCUGUGAUAAAGUGGCCACGCAGGGCGAGGUCUUCAAAGGCACAGGGGAGGCCACACCUGUCAUUGCCAACGUCAUCUCGCUUGCAGGCCCUCCAACGGGGAAAUCCAAUGCUUCUGACAGAACCGCCCAGCAAAGCACAGUCCCUAUCUUUCAAUCAAAGAACUCUGGACAUAUCAGUAUUCAGACAGAUACAGUGAAAGCUCAUCCUCCUCCUGCACCAAAAAUCCUAAAGAACAAGGCCCUGCUCUGUAGACCGCUGGUGCAGAACAAAGGGGUCUCCUGUAAAACACAGACAGUCGAUGUUGAAGCACAGACAGACGACAUCUUCCCUAAAAUCAUGGUCGUGCCUGUCCCAGUGCCGGUGUACGUUCCUGUACCCAUGAACAUGUACAGCCAGUGUACCCCCAAACCUGUGGGCCUGCCAUUACCGCUGCCUGUACCCAUGUUCCUUCCUGUGACAAUGGACAGCGCUGAACGCAUCGUGGAAACCAUCCAGGAGAUCAAGGAAAAGAUCCCGUCUGACCCCUUCGAGGCAGAGCUCAUCCUCAUGGCUGAGAUGGUUGCAGAAGAUGAUGAGAAGAAUCACAAUCAGGAGACACCAAAGGAGAAAGUGGUGGAGAAAGAGAGAGAGAGACAAGAAGCACCUGCACCAUAUGACCACGCCAGUAACUACAGUGACGACUUGGACACAGACGACUUGGCCAGUUUCCUCAACAACUGGGAGGACGCCUCCUCUGAUGCAGGUCUCAGGUCUCCCAGUCGAUCGUAUGCUCAGGAGAAGCUCAACCCGAUUCUAGACAUUCCUGUGGGCAUGUCCAAUGAGCCUUACUCCGAGCCCCCACCUCCAGCACCCCCUCCCAUGGACAUCGAAGCUGACUUCACUGUUGAAACUUUAGAGAGGAUGGCUCGGCUGAGAGAGCAUUCCCAGCGAUCCCCGAGCCCUCCACCCGCCGCUCCACGACGACGACAAGCUCACAGGAAAGCCCGAGAAAAGAAGGGUCGGAAGUCACAGCGGUCAUCUAAGGCAGCUGAAGCGUCAUCUCAAAGAGGCUCUUCCAACAAGGUCCUGCUUGUAGACAUCCCAAAACUGAAGAGUCAAUAUGGAGUUGAUGCCUGGAAGCGAUGGAUCCAGUGGAGGCAAACUCAACCCAACCUGGAGAAGCCACGCUUCGGUUCACGUCCCAUGGAGCUGAAGGAGGAUGUUCUUCGAUGCACUACUGCUGAGCUGAGCUAUGGCCUCUGUUGCUUCAUCACUGAGGUGAAACGACCCAAUGGCGAGCCCUACUCCCCCGACAGCCUGUUCUACCUCUGCCUCGGCAUUCAACAGUACCUGUUUGAGAACGGUCGUGUGGAGAACAUAUUCAUGGAUCGGUUCUACAACAAGUUCUCCACUGAGUUCACUAAUAUGCUGAGAGCUUUCAAGCCCUCUAUCACAGCAAGUGGUUAUACCCAUUCACGAGUGGAGGAGGAGUUUCUGUGGGACUGUAAACAGUUGGGGGCGUACUCCCCCAUCGUCCUCCUCAACACUCUGCUCUUCUUCUGUUGCAAGUACUUUGGCUUCACCACGGUGGAGCAGCACCGCCAGCUGUCCUUCGCCCACGUCAUGCGCUGCACCAAAACCAACCAGAACAACACUAAGACCACCUUCCUGCGCUUCUAUCCCCCAAUAUCCAUAAAUGAGGCAGAGUCAGAUCCAGAGAUUCCGGCGAAGAGGCGUAAGGAGGAGGAGAGUAAAGAGGAUAUCCUGGAGAUGAUGGAGAACACAGAGAACCCUCUCCGCUGUCCAGUCAGACUCUACGAGUUCUACCUCUCCAAGUGCUCGGAGUCGGUCAAGCAGCGCACCAACCUCUUCUACCUUCACCCUGAGCGCUGCUGUGUCCCAAACAGCCCCCUGUGGUUCUCCUCCACCCCUCUGGAUGAUAACACCAUGGAGGGCAUGCUCAUUCGCAUCCUCACCGUCAGAGAGCUGCAUCUCAGGACGAAGAAAGACGGAGGGAUGGAGCAGCAGACACCCAACGACCCACCAUUUAUACCUGACGGGGAGGAAGAUGGGGAUUCAGAGUGAUGAAAUGACCUUUUAUUGGUGCAGCAGCUUGUGGUGUAAAUGUUUGUAGAUUAACUGAAAUGUUCAUUCAGACACAGCCCAAUAAACAUAAAUGGACAGAAAAAUCUCUCACAUACAUAAAUACUAUGUGUUGAACUGCAAAGAAAGUCAUACUUCCUAAACCACACACUGAUCAGGAUUUAUAGAAGAUCUUCAAACGCACAGUGUUUGUGUAGGUGGGACUUGGUAACUGAGAUGCAAGACUCAGCUCACCAUUCAGACUGUUUACUACUGCUCAGCAGGACACAUCGCUGUCCUUUUGUGUUUUGUCUGCUGAAUGGUUGCUUCUCAUGGAUAAUGCUACUUUUUUCCUUCCACAUGUUAUGAUUCCUUAAGUUCCUGUGAAAAUUAGUUUGUUUUUUUUUGUCCUUGUUUGAAAGAACUAAUAUGAAAACAGAAUUUUGAUUUCUGUUGGUGUCAGUGAGUAAACAUCCACCCCAGAAGACAAACUGAAAAUGGGUUUCUGUGAUGUAGAUGUAAAUCGCCAACCAUCGUGUUGAGUGGCAAACCGGCAGGAUGGUUUGAUUUUCAACAAUGCAUCAAUGCCAUGACUUGGUGUCAGUCUGUAAGUGAAAGAGCAAAUGCCCAUUUCCAGACCCAAUAAUUUUGCAGUUUUUAUACCCUGAGGAUUGUUAGAAAGUCAUUCUUGGAAAUUUAGGAAAUGCACCUCAUAACAAAAUAAUUCCUGGAAUUCGUAUGAAAUCACAGAUUCGGUUAUACCAAAGUGUGAAAUGACUGGGUUUACCCUUUAUCUGCUGGUAUAAUUGCUGUUUCAGAGGCUACUCCAACUUACCAUGUUAAAAUGUACACACACAAAAAAAACUUAAUUCAACACAAAUUGUGUUUUGUGCUCAACAAAUAAUCUUAUUAUGAAAGGUGUAGUCACUUGAUUGUGAGAUUACAGUGACCUUUGUUUUUUUCUUCUAUGUUAAAUGAAAGAAUUUAAGCGUUUUCUAUAUUUCCUUUUGCCUCAUCAAUAGCAAUGGACAAAUUUUGAUCACCAAUGUCCAAUUGAUACUGACUUAAAAUGUGUUUGGAGUUGAUUUGAAUACAUUUAAGAAAAUUGUCUUUGAAUAUAGCUGAUAUCACUGUUUGAAAAGGCUGACAACUUUUCAUGCCAUUUGGAAAAACCUCGAAAUUUGUUGAUUGAACCCACUGAUAUUAACAUAACAGUUUGAGUGUUGAGUGUUAUCUUCAUUUUGGACAUACUGUUUCAUCCAAAGCAUCCUCUGAGACAUUGACUUUUUACAUAACCGUGACCCCAGUAUUGUAUAAAAAGAAAGUAAAGAAAUACUGUCCCUUCAUGUAUGUCUUGGUUAUAUUAACCCACAGUCCUUAGAGUAUGGCUGCCAAGGUUAUUCGUUUUUUUCUAUUGUAUGUUCUUUAUGAAUAAAAACAUUUAAAAACA